CCACGAUGGAGUCAUUCGUGAUCAAGACGCCCUGCUCCAGCGCCAACAUUGGCCCCGGCUUCGAUGUCAUCGGCCUCGCCCUGUCCGUCUACCUCGAGCUGCACGUCACCAUCGACCGCUCCAAGACCAAGUCCGAGCACCCGCUCAACUGCCGCGUCACGUACGAGGGCCAAGGCGAGGACUCGGGCGACAUCAGCCUCGACCCGCAGAACAACCUCAUCACCCGCGUCGCGCUCUACGUCCUGCGAUGCCACGACCAGCGCAGCUUCCCGGUCGAGACGCACGUCCACAUCAAGAACCCGAUUCCGCUGGGCAGGGGACUGGGAAGUUCCGGAGCGGCGGUCGUGGCUGGCGUGAUGCUGGGCAAGGAGGUUGGCGGGCUGCAUCACUUGGAUCAGGACCGGCUGUUUGACUAUUGCUUGAUGAUUGAGAGACAUCCUGACAAUGUCGGCGCCGCCCUCUUUGGAGGCUUCGUCGGCACCUACCUGAUGCCAUUGAAGCCCGAGGAUGCUUCCAGAGUCGAGAUCCCCCUCAGUGAAGUGUUGCCCGCACCGGCAGGAGGUGUGGACACCGGCAAGCGUCCCCCGGAGCCACCGCACGGAAUCGGCCACCACAUCAAGUUCCCCUGGAACAAGGAGAUCAAGGCCGUCGCCAUUAUCCCCGACUUCAUCGUCCCCACGCACGACGCCCGAGCUGUCCUGCCGCCACACUACCAGCGCACCGAUGUGGUAUUCAACCUCCAGCGGAUAGCCCUGCUCCCUGUUGCCCUCGGCCAGUCGCCUCCUGACCCAGAGCUCAUCAACCUGGCCAUGCAAGACAGAGUCCACCAGCCCUACCGCCAGACUCUGAUUCCCGGCCUGUGCGAGAUUGUCGAGUCCAUGUCGCCAAAGUCCCACCCGGGGUUUCUCGGCGUCUGCCUGUCCGGCGCCGGCCCCACCAUCCUGGCCCUUGCCGUGUCCAACUUUGAGGAGAUUGCCAAUGAGAUUAUUGCGACUCUGAGGAAACACAACGAGAACAAGAACCUGGACUGCCAGUGGCUGGUCCUGGAACCUGCGGAGGGAACGCACGUGGUUCGAUCGAGCUGAUGAAGAAGACGGAGGUGAUAGUCUGUGUAGGCGUUUCGGUAACUCUCCCCUUGGGUUAUGGUAUGGGCGUUU